AUAUUGCAUUUCCAUUCAUUCCGUCACCUGAAAGAACCUGCCUGACUUCCCCUUCUCCCCGCUACUAUCUUUCAGCAUCUACAACUUUGACGAACCUAUCCGAAAACAACUACAUUUAACGCCAUCUUUCCUUCUGACCUCAUAGAGAUCGACUUCUUCUCAACCGAAAACCCGCUCUGCCGUUUCGUCGACAGCAGAGAAACAGCCUCUGCAAGUAAACAUACGUACAGCAAAAAACCGAUCUCUACCACAAUGGCGUUGAAGCGCAUCAAUAAGGAACUCACAGACCUGGGCCGCGACCCUCCCUCAUCAUGCUCUGCUGGGCCCGUCGGAGAAGACCUGUUUCACUGGCAAGCGACGAUUAUGGGACCUGGUGACUCACCAUACUCAGGCGGUGUUUUCUUCCUCGCCAUCCACUUCCCGACAGAUUACCCAUUCAAGCCUCCUAAGGUCAACUUCACGACUCGUAUCUACCACCCCAACAUCAACUCAAAUGGCAGUAUCUGCUUAGACAUCCUAAGAGACCAAUGGAGUCCGGCGUUGACCAUCUCCAAGGUUCUCCUAUCUAUCUGCUCCAUGCUUACUGACCCCAACCCUGAUGACCCCCUUGUCCCCGAGAUCGCACACGUGUACAAGACCGACCGCGCAAGGUACGAGGCUACGGCCCGCGAGUGGACCCGUAAAUAUGCUAUUUAGGACGAGGAGCAUGGGCGAUCGAGUGUCAUGGAUCCAAGGUAGAUGGAGGGAGCAGUGAGCAUAGCACUUAUUGAUAGUGAUACGGGAAAGGAUUCAUGAAACUUCCAACAUAAGCAAUAGGAACUGCAUUUCCCCAGUGUCUGGUGGUUCGUCGCUAUGGCUCUAUGUGCCUCGCGAUGAGCCAAGAGUAUAUGACUUUCGGAAAAGGGUUGAGAAUGACUUGCUAGGAUUGAAAAGGUUUUACGACGAAAGACAGGCAUUUGUCCGGAGGACUUCUAGCUUUGCGUCUCGAAUCCUCCUUAAACAUUGGCCUCGGAUCUGUUAUAAUGCACAAUUUCCCUUCUCUCCGCGCUGCGUUUACUUGCUAUAGAAUCUAGUAAUAUGCUCUAGACAGACGUGACUUAAUUCUUCCCUGAGCAAUUUCACUGCGAUCAAUGCCAUUUUGACCUCUGCCCAGGUAUCUACCAACCUAUGAUAAAAUCCUUUUUAUUUGGAACGAAGGUGU